CGACUCGACGGUUCGCCUUCCUCCGCCGCAACCAGCUACCGGAUCCGCCGCCCGCCAUGGAGGAGCAGCACUCGCCGGAGGAGAUCCUCCUCCAGGCCGCCUUCGACGGCAACAUCCGCCUCUUCAGAAAGAUGGCGCGGAGGCUGGACUCGGGGCAAGGCGCGGCGGCCGCCGUGGCGCCGGCGGCUGACCGCGGCAGCGGAAACCGCGCGCUGCACCUGGCCGCCAUGGAGGGGAAGAUGGACGUCUGCAGGUACCUCGUGGAGGAACUCCGCCUUGACGUCAACCAAUCCAACGACAGAGGUGAAACUCCACUGUUCCUUUCUGCAUAUUUUGGGAGAGCUGAGGCUGCAAGAUAUCUUCUUGCUCAUGGUGCUGAUCCAAAGUUAGGUGGUAACACUGGCUCGGCUCUCCACGCUGCUGCAGUGAAAGGACAAAACGAAAUAGUAGAAUUGCUGCUUUCAAGAGGAAUUGACGUGGAUCUACCUUCCCCCCUUGGGAACCCAUUGCAUGUGGCUGCUACUCAUGGUCAAGAUGCUACGAUGAAGAUUUUGUUGGAGCACCAAGCAGAUCCAAAUAAGGUACUCAACCUUGAUGACACCCCUUUGAGUAUGGCUAUAAGGCCCAUACCAACUGCAUCAUCAAAAGUCAAAUGUGUGAAGCUACUUAUUAAGGCUGGCGCUGAUGUGAAUUUCAUUGACUCGGAUGGUGCUAGUUACGUGAUGUUGGCAGCACAUUGCAGCUUAGCUGAGACGGUGAAAUGUUUACUAGAAGCUGGUGCUAACCCGAAUAUUCCAGAUGGAUUUGGUAUAACUCCAAUUGAAGUUGCGGCUUUUCAAGGCAGUAGAGAAACUGUUGAAAUUUUAUUUCCUGUAACUUCUCCCAUUCCAACGAUGCCCAAUUGGAGUGUUGAUGGAAUCAUUUCUCAUGUGAAAACUUACGGUUUGAAGCAGGACAAGCAUCUGUGUCAGAAGAAAAGAGCUGAACUGAAAUUAAAAGCUGCUGAGGCAUUUAAGAGAAAGGAAUAUAUGAUAGCGGGAGAGCUAUAUACUACUGCACUGAAUCUUGACCCUUGUUCAGAUGAUAAUGCAACCCUGCUAGCCAAUAGGAGUCUCUGCAUGUUGCGCAUGGGAAGUGGAAAUAUGGCUCUCAAGGAUGCUAGUGUGUGCAGAAUGUUGCGACCCGAUUGGCCAAAAGCCUACUACCGACAAGGCGCUGCUUUUAUGUGUCUGAAGGACUAUGAAAAAGCAUGUGACGCUUUCGCAGAUGGCCUAAAGUUGAACCCUAACGAUGUUGAAAUUGAAAAGGCUUUAAGGGAAGCCUUUGAGGCGAUGAAGGUUUCUCGUUGAGCUGAAAAGAAACCUUGACUCGGCCUACACUCGCCGAAUCAUACCUGAAGAAAUUGUGGUUCACUUUUGUUGCUGAUAUCCUAGUUACCUUCUAAUAUUAAGCUGCCGCAAGAAUGCAAAUAUUUUGUGUUUUUGUAGACUUUUGGUUGGACCCAUGUGAAUAUUACUGAAUGCGCUAAAUCAUAGAUUUACUUAAAUGCCAAAAAAGUGUUUCUGAUUGAGUUAAAA